AAGAUUUCAUAUUCCAAUUCCAAAACAAAAUAAAUUACAUUGCGUUGCAUGUUCAAAUAUUAGUGUAAUAAAUUCUAGAAAUUAAUAAAAAAAUUAUAUUAUACGAAUAGAAAUAUUUCAAAUAUUUUCAAAAACUCGAGGCAUAACUAAUUCAAAAUAAAAUGUCGAAAAAUGAAACAGUUAAGCAUGUUGACAAAGAACUUGAUUUAUCAAAUGCUGGAAGAGGGGUUUGGCUAGUGAAAGUGCCCAAAUAUAUAGCACAGAAAUGGGAGAAAGCCCCUGGAACUAUGGACGUAGGGAAAUUAAAAAUUCAUAAAAUUCCCGGUCAAAAAGCGCAAGUAUCACUAACAUUAUCGGAUGACGUUAUCAAUUUAGAUCCUGAGGAAAAGAUUCCUAGAGAUCAUCGAUUAGAUGUUUCGGUAGUUACUAAGCAAACAUUAGGUGUAUUUUCUCACGCAGAACAAACAUCUAAUAGUAAAGACGAUGGUGUCAUACAACCUGAUAAACUUUUCAUGGAAGGGAGAAUUGUGCAAAAGUUGGAAUGUCGUCCAAUAGCAGAUAGCACGUACAUGCAAUUGAAACUUGAGUCAAUUAAAAGAGCUUCGCAACCUUUAAAGAGAGUGCAAGCUAUAGAUAAAGUAGUACAAAAUUUCAAACCAGUCAAAGACCACAAACAUAACAUUGAAUAUCGUGAGAGAAGAAAAGCAGAAGGUAAAAAAGCUCGAGAUGACAAAAAUGCUGUAUUGGAUAUGUUAUUUAAUGCUUUCGAAAAACAUCAAUAUUAUAACAUAAAAGAUUUAGUAAAAAUUACAAAACAACCAAUUGGAUAUCUCAAAGAAAUUUUGAAGGAAGUUUGCGAUUAUAAUAUGAAGAAUCCACAUAAAAAUAUGUGGGAGCUUAAAAAGGAGUAUAGGCAUUAUAAGACUGAUGAAAAGAAAGAUGAAAAUCCGGCUGAAGAUUCAGACAGUGAUUGAUUGUAUUAUACUUUCAAAAUAUUUAAAUAUGUUAAUAAACAAUUUUAUAAUUUUUUUCUCAAAAAA